CGACUGCGACUGACCCGAUUGGAAUUUGGAUAAUCCAGUUUCAUCAUAGAUCUUCCUGCAUAGGGCUUUGUUCGUUCUCUUCCCCAACUCGCAAAACCCCUCCUCCCAAAUUCAGCUGAAUCACAUUAGGACUUAGAGAGAUGCCGCAGAGACACUCGAAGAACAACAACGAUCUCGCCUUUUUCACAUACGAUGAGAAGCGAAAGUUAGGGUACGGAACGCAGAAGGAGCGGCUGGGAAAAGACUCAAUUAAGCCUUUCGAUGCUUGUUGCCUUUGCUUAAAACCCUAUAUCGAUCCUUUGUGUUGCCAGAAAGGACACGUCUUUUGCAAAGAGUGCAUUCUAGAAUGCCUUCUGUCCCAAAAAAAGGAUAUCCAAAGAAAGUUGGCUGCUCAUGCAGCUCAGCAGAAGCAAGAAAAAGAAGAUGAAGAGGAGGGGUUGAUGCUGCAGAAAGCCAGGGAGCUUGAGGCAUUUGAUCAACAGAAUCAUGGUCCAGUGCCCCAGUACAACGAUAAGAACUACAACAGAGACAAGAAUGGAUUCCAUGGGGCCAAUAGCGUGAAGACCACUUCUUACGAGGAGGAAGCACUUAGAACCAUGAAAGCAUUUUGGCUGCCCUCUGCAACACCAGAUGCACCUGCUAAAGUGGAUGCCCCAUCCACAAGCACAGUUUGUCCUGAAGGGAACGAAAAACUUAAGAUGAAAAACCUUUUCCCUAUUCACUUUACUGAAGAUACCAGUGCACAGAAGAAAACCAAGUCUCUUGACAAGAAUUUCAUAUGUCCCAGUUGCAAGGUCACACUAACCAAUACUUCGUCACUUGUAGCACUUAAUACUUGUGGACAUGUCUUCUGCAAGAAAUGUGCAGAGAAAUUUGUGGCUGUAGACAAGGUUUGCGUGGUCUGUGACAAACCAUGUAAAGAUAGAAAUCUGGUGAAUGUGGAAAAGGGAGGAACAGGGUUUGCUGGCCAUGGAGAUAAUCUUGAAGCAAAAGACUUCAAACACUUGGGGAGUGGAAGCGGGUUGGGCCUGGUGAGACCUGCCAUGAAGACAUAACCUGCAGUGUGCCAGCUUGCGCAUUAAAGUGGUUUUGUUAUGUUGUAGUAAAAUUUGGUUUUACUGUCUUCUACAAGGAACGCUCAGUAUUUUCUUUCGUUGUGUUUGUUCAACUACAGCUCUGUGAAAGCAACUUCUGUAACUUAUAGCAUUUCCAUUUCACAAGGGUUCUAUUUCAUAUGAAAAUUGAUUGAAACUCGCUCCUCCAGCGGUA